UGAGCAGGAAGCCGGCGGGCGAGGAGUGGGGGGGACUGGAGGCUAGGCGGUAGCGAGCCCUCUCAUUCGUCAGUAGCGAGUGCGCAGGCGCGCGCGCAAUGUGAUCAGGUCUCGCGGGGACUUGAACGCGGCGCAACUGGCGGAUGCCAACCUCGAGAGCUGGCAGGAGACGUCCUCGCGAGGCUUGAUGCUGGUUGGUCGAGAGCAUCGCAAGAGACACGGGGUGGGGGUAGCCGGUCACAGCUGACCCCUUGUCCUGGCUUGGCUGCUACCCAAGAAGCUGGAUCUAGGAGACUACCCGGUGCUUUCAAGACGCAGGAUCUAGGAGGACGAAAACAGUCAGUCCUGGUUUUGGCUGUCUUGGAAUAAUAAUAAAAAAACAACUACGAAACAGUCUGAAGCCAGAAAACAAAUACAAGUUCUAGAGCAAUACCUUGUCUUGGUUAGGUUUCUCACCAAGAGACAGGCUGCAGGAGAAACACAGUUUUCCUGAUUCGAUUGCUGUCGAAUGAACACAAUACAGCAGACAGCCUGUUGGGCCUAUUCUGGCCUUUUGUUCCAGGAACUAGUUCUAAAAUCGUCAUUGGGUCCUAGUGUGGUUGCAUACGAAGAAACUGGGUCCAGGAAACACUGUGUGUCACUUAGACGAUUGCCGUCGAAGGAACAUAACCAAGGAGAUCCUUGGCGUUGUUGCAUUUGAAUGAAGAUCUAGGACAUAUUGUGUGUUUGCACAGGAAGUAAGAGCAUCCAGGAGAGACAGUGUUUUCCUGGUAGGAUUCUCGUCGAAGGCACAUAACCAAGGAGGCAGUCUGCUGUCCUGGCAUGGUAGCUUGUGAAUGAAGAUCUAGGACAUAUUGUGUGGUUGCACAGGAAGUACAGAAGCAUCCAGGAGAGACAGUGUUUUCCUGGUAGGAUCGCAGUCGAAGGCACAUAACCAAGGAGACAGUCUGCUGUCCUGGCGUGGUAGCUUGUGAAUGAAGAUCUAGGACAUAUUGUGUGGUUUCACAGGAAGUACAGAAGCAUCCAGGAGAGACAGUGUUUUCCUGGUAGGAUCGCAGUCGAAGGCACAUAACCAAGGAGACAGUCUGCUGUACGGGAAGUAAGAGCGUCCUUGUAGGAUUGCAGUCGAGGGACGCGGAGGGAGGUCGCGACGGGUAGGAUGUCGCAGGCCCUGGAGCCGACCUGGAGGCUGGACCGCCGGGACUCGGGCCACCUGUUCUGGCGGCGGGACUCUGCCAGCCCGGCGCCCUCGCGCGCCCGCGUCAAGUUCCGCUGCGACGUGGAGGUGCUGGAGUUCUGGGCGCGCGACGACGACCCCUCCAGCGACGACUGCGGCGACGACGACGAGGAGGAGCACCACCUGAAGGAGUGGCGCCGCCGCCGGUCCGCCCCCGCCGCCUCCAGCCCCGCCGUCGUGCUGGCCGUCUGCCUGGCGGCGGUGGUGGUCACCGUGUCGCUGCCCUGGCUGCUAGUGCGGUAGCGCUGGCGUCGUCGCUCUUGCUGGUGCAAGACACUUGGCCUCCUCCGCGGAGGUCCAUAAGGGAAGAAGGAAGACUUACUACAACAGUGUAGUACUGCUACGUCGUAGUCGUCGCCAGAGCACCGGCUGUUGCUGGUCCAAGACACUUGGCCUCCUCUGUGGAGGUCCAUAAGGGAAGAAGAAAGACUUACUUCAACAGCGUAGUACUGCUACGUCGUAGUCGUCGCCAGAGCGCCGGCUGCUGCUGGUCCAAGACACUUGGCCUCCUCUGUGGAGGUCCAUAAGGGAAGAAGAAAGACUUACUUCAACAGCGUAGUACUGCUACGUCAUAGUCGUCGCCAGUGCACCGGCUGUUGCUGGUACAAGACUCUUGGCCUCCUCUGCGGAGGUCCAUAAGCAGAGACCGGAAAAAUUCGCGGAUUAAUUUCGCGAUGGGCUAGAAUCCAAAAUACGUUUGCAAUUUUUGCUGCUUCAGUUAUUGGGGGCCACAGUUUCAUCUCAAGGAAUCUGGUUCAGUUAAAAACCUUCAACAAAAGGAAGUCUCGAAUCAAAAGCAUCCCAGUUAACAGGUGUCGCGUAGUCAAUAGCCAAUGAGCAGGUGUAAUUUGCCCAAGUACGUAUAGGAUUGUGGAGCCUAUCCUGGAGGUCAAUGAAGCCGCGAAUUUUUCCAGUCCUUAUCCAUAAGGGAAGAAGGAAGACUUACUACAACAGCGUAGCAUGAACCCGCAAAGACUGAACCACGGCAAUGUGCAGCUUUUUUUUUUUUUUAUUGUGCCACCACUAUGGCAGCUGUUUGCAAGGACACCCUUUAAGUGUGGCAGCAUUCGGGAACCUAGUGUCCUGUCAGUUACUUUGGAGAGUUGACAAUUAAAAAAAAUGCUAUGAUCAUGGUGCAUAUAGAGACACACCAUUUUAUCUUUCACCGUCAUCGUGAAUGUUUUUUUAAUUAGUACCUUGAUGAGUGCAAUCUCGGUUUACCUCUUUUUUUCUUCUAAUGCUUAUUUGCUCUCGGCAAUGUAAUUUUUUUUUGCGCGGUGCUCGAGAUCUACCUCAGGGAAUUUGAAGUUAUGUCAAUUAUUAUGGUAGCCCUGCUCUAAAAUGAGUUUUCGGACGAUUUUGCUGUUGUUUUUGUUGUUAGAACACACUGCCUGCCCCAAUAUCGUUUACAAAAUUGCCAACAUUUUAUUCAUAUUUUUUCGAAACAAAAUUUAAAAAAAAAAAAUUGCUGCUGUUUUAAGUUACCGCCACUGCUUGCAACAGUGUAUCGUAUAUUGAUAAAUGUUUAUGAUUUCUUCCAGUGUGUGUUACAAUUUAGACUGAAUUUUUUUGCAUGGAUGUAUUAAUUAUUUUAGGUAUUAGGAGGUAUGAUUUGUUACCUACAUAGGUUUUUUUUGCACAUAAAAUCACAUGAACUCUGUAUCUCGCACUUUACCGAAAAUGUUGUAAUAUAGUUUGAGUGUUUUGUUUUAUUGUUUUAUAUAUUUUUUGAGUUAUGUUGAUUUUUGUGGAAGAUACAAAGUUACAGAAUAUUCUGUUAA